AUGUUAGAUACCAGAUUACGGAAAACAGAUGGUGCCAAAACAGCGGCGGAGAUGAGAUACAUCGAGGAUACCUUAGCAUCUAUCCGACUACGAACUCGGUGGCGGGACCCGUACGAAGAUUGGGAACGGGAUGCUCGCAAAGACGCCCUGCGCACUGCUCGCAAGGAACAAGCGCAAGCACGUUUACAGCGACAUCAUGUCCAUGAUCAAGCUGCCGUCGAAGAACUUGAGCGCCUCGCGAAUCUUCACAAGAAGCAAGUCGAUGAGGUGGCUGCUCAGCUUGCCUUGCUGGAGCGCCAACGACAGCAGCAGGAGCAGCGGCUUCAGGAACAAUGGAGGGAACGGGACAACCAACUGUGGCAGCGUAUCGAGAACGUGAUCAAGUUCGAGGAGGAGAAGGUGAAGGCAAAGUUGGAGGCGGAGAGGAAGGCGAGGGAGGAAGAGGAACGCAAGCGGAGAUUGGAGGUAGAGCGCAGGUUGGCUGAGGAGCGCAAGAAGCAAGAAGAGUUAGAAAAACGGCGUCAGGAGGAAGAGAUGCGUAAAGCAGAAGAAGCCAAGGCGGAAGAGGAGCGCAAGCGGGAGCAGGAAAGUGCUUUGCACCGCCAACAACAGCAGGAGGCGGAGGCAGAAGAGCGCGCUCGCUUGGGGAUAACCACUCCCGAGGAGGAUUGGUUACGUGCCAGAAAGUUGCUCAAGUCAAUCAAGGAGGGUUCAAUGAAGACCGUCAAGGGCAACAAAGAGUUGAAGGCGCUCUGGAGCGCCGGUAGACGGGCGAUCAAUCCCAAGAUCGGCCAGAUCACGAGUGAUCCUGAAGUGAUCAACCGAGUGUCUCAACAGAUCUUUCAGAUCAUCAAGCCUCCCAACCCGCAUCCUCAUGACGUCUACAUGGCCCUCCUUUCCGCACUUGCCAAAUCCAUCCUCCUCCAAGCGGAAACCGAGGUGACGGCUGAAAAGCGAGCUGCCGGUCCAUUGGCUCGCGUCGCCGUGAACCUGAUCCCAGCCCUGGACGGGUUCGUGGACGUGUUCUGGGCGAAGAUGGUUCAACGCACGGGAGGGUGGCCAAUCCCUGCCAUCGUCCCACCCACAGACGUCGAUGGCGUGCCAUUCACGAAGGAGACGCGCCGGAAAGCGCUAGGUUACCGCAACGAAGAGACGGCUCCAGAGCGUUGGCAACGCAUUCAGGGCUCCAUGCGUGUCUACUGGGAGAUCCUAAAGGGCACCGGUGACGUGCAAAGACCCAUCGACCAGAGGCCGAGAGUGUGGACGUACUUCACGCGGGUGGUGGAGAACCAGCGCAUGCUGGAGUCUGCAGUUGCUCCUAUGAUCCUGCAUGCGGCAGUGGAAGUCUUAGGUCAGGACGCGAAGCGUGCCUACGGCGCGGACUGGGUGAGGUUGAUGACUAUGGUCUACGAGUGGGUGACGCGGGGGAUGGACCCUGGAGGACGACCCGUUGGUGGGGACGCUCCAGAGGGGAAAGCAGCUCGCGUUCGACUGCAGAUUGAAAUCGAGCGUAUGAUGAACACCCCAUGA